AUGCCAGUUCAAGUUGCCACCGGUGACAAAAUCCGUGAUAAUGUUAUCAAAAUGCUUCAUCAGGCCCUCCUGGGAAACUCGACAUCCUUCAGCGAAGGUGAUGAAGCUGAAUUGGUUGAAAAGGCACGACGAAUCGAACAAUGUGUCUACCAUGAUUGUAACUUUCAAGUAAACAAACAAUAUAAAGAUACUGCUCGAAGUAAGGUUUGGAAUUUAAAAGAUAGCAAAAAUCCUGAACUGCGACUUAACGUUAUCAAGGGAAAUAUUAGCGAAGAUGAUUUUGCAAGGAUGGAUGCUGAAGCCAUGGCUUCCAAAGAACGUAAACGUCAAAACCUCAUCAUGAGAAAAAAUUCUCUUCAAAAUUCAAUUGCCACUGUUGAUUUAAAGCCGGUAAUGACAGACGAUUCGGAUCCAGAACCAAAGGUUAAUAACAGAAUUUGGGGUGAUUUGGAUAUGGACACUCACUCGUGA